AUGAUGAAAGACUUGAUGUCCCGAAAAUUCGAUUUUCAAGACUUGGCCACGGUGACUCUUACGCAGACCUGUAGUGCGGUGGUGACUAAACCAAUUGCUGAGAAGCUGUCUGACCCAGGAAGUUUCACAAUUCCAUGCACCAUUGGCAACUUUGCUUUCACCAAAGCACUUUGUGAUUUGGGGGCUAGCAUAAAUCUCAUGCCCCUGGCGAUCUAUAAGAGGUUAGGGAUUGGAAGAGAUAGACCCACUUCUAUGUUGUUGCAGCUGGCUGAUAGGACUGUGAAAAUACCCUCUGGAGCUGAUGAUGAGGCGCUAAUUAUUGAGGACCCCUUUGCUGCAUGUCUGGUAAAUUUGGAUGAGGUGAAAAGGGAAGAACUGGCAGAAUGGUGCCAUUUCAUGGUACAAGAGGGCAUAGUCUUUGGGCAUCGGGUAUUAAGUAAAAGGAUCGAGGUUGAUCGUGCCAAAGUUGAUGUGAUAGCAAAGCUACCUCCCCCCACUUCAGUCAAGGCAAUUAGGAGCUUCCUCGGGGUAGCAUUUGAGGAGUUAAAAAAGAGGCUAGUCACAGUACCCAUCAUUAUUGCCCCCGACUGGGAGCAACCAUUCGAACUUAUGUGUGACGCUAGUGACUAUACAGUGGGGGUAGUGCUGGGACAAUAG